GCGGUUCCCAUCCGUAAUCAGUAUUCAGUCUUCAGUACUCCUGAUUCACCCAUUUGAGGUUGGUGCUCUUCUCCGUCUGUUUUCUUUUCUGUUUCCCCUCUUCAUAUUUGCCGGCAUAGUCAAGUGUGACAUCGACAUCUCAACCAUCACUCGAACAAUUUGUGUAAUGCGAAGCAGCAAGGAAAGCUCACUAAAGUGAAAGCAACAGCAUAGACGCGACUAGAAGCAGAGGAAUAGGAAGUCGUUUUCCUCAGUAUUUUUAUAUGCCAUGCUGUUGUCAGCCACCCCGAGAUGCUUCCGGGUCCAGAUUCAGGCAGCUCUCGCCGAGCGUCGGGACCCGGCCGCUGUUCGCGGUCAAGUCGUCGGCCGGCCACUAGCCCUGCAAUAAUUGAAGACGGAGCAAGCGCUUCGAUAAACGCCAUUCCCACUACCAAUCUCGCCGGAGUCGCGGGCCACACGACGAUCGAGACCCAGCGCGCCGGGCCCUCCUGGCUCCUGCUCGCCGCCGCGCGAAGGACCCGGGGCCGGUUCACGGCGCCGUGUCCGGGUGCUCUCCGGUGACCUCGAUCGGGUUCUGCGCUCUGUCCACCGGAAGCAGUCGACGACAUCUCUCGGUGGUUCCGCUCCAAGGGAGCUAGCAAGUCGGUAGUACAACAAUGGAGGUUGUAGGUGUUACCACGGGGGUUAUGAAGCCGCUCCUGUCCAAGCUUACCAAGCUGUUGGAAGAAGAGUACAUCAAGGUCAAAGGUGUGCGCAAGCAGAUCAAGUUCUUGAGAGAUGAGCUGAGCGCCAUGAGUGCCACGCUCGAGGAUCUCGCAGAUGCUGAUCCGGAGCAGCUCAACUCUGAAGUGAGGCUCUGGAGGAACAAACUACGCGAACUGGCCUAUGACUUGGAAGAUUGCAUCGAUAGCUUCAUGGCUCGUGUUGACGACGGGCGUGAUGGGCCUACGGGCUUCAAGAAAUACUUCCGCAAGCUAAAGACACUGAAAGCGCGCCAUGAUAUUGCCAAUCAUAUCCAAGAACUCAAGGCAUCUGUAAUGGAGGCCAGCGAGAGGCACAGGAGGUAUGAAUUUGCCCGAUUAAAACAUAAAUCUGGCACUUCUUCCAUUGAUCCCAGGCUGCAGGCGCUUCAUGAGGAUAUUGAAAAACUUGUGGGCAUCGAUGGCCCUAAGAAGCAUAUCGUUGAGUUGUUAUCCAUGGAGAUGAAAGGGCCAUCCACAAAACUUAAGGUGGUCUCAAUCGCUGGUUGUGGAGGUCUUGGUAAGACUACUCUUGCGAAGCAAGUCUACGACACCAUUAAAGGCCACUUCUCCUGUUCAGCUUUUGUGUCGGUUUCUCGGACUCCUGAUCUGAGGAAGAUUCUAAUACACAUUAGUAGUGGAGUUGGAUUCACUGGUUACACACAGGAUGAUGGUGAGCAGCAGCUCAUUGAUAAAAUCAGGAAUCAUCUUCACUGUAAAAGGUACAUUGUUGUAAUUGAUGAUGUAUGGGACACAGAAGCUUGGGAAUUUGUCAAACUUGCAUUACCGAAUAAUGAUCUUGGGAGCAGAAUAAUCAGUACGACACGUAGUGUUACUGUUGCAAAAUGUUGUUCCUCUCAAGUUUAUGAAAUGGAGCCUCUUAGUUUCGAUGACUCCAAAAGGUUGUUUUUCAAACGAGCAUUUGGUUCUGAGACUCCAUGUUAUCCUCACUUGGAAGACAUUCCGGAUAGAAUAUUAAGAAAAUGUGGUGGUCUACCAUUGGCAAUUGUUACUGUAUCUAGCAUGUUAACCAAUCAGCUUAGAAAAGCAGAAUGGGAUAGGGUACUAAGUGCCAUGGGUUUUGCACUUGCAAACAAACCAGAUGCUAAGAAGAUGACCAGUAUAAUAUCUCUGAGUUACUUUGAUAUUCCUUACCAUCUGAGAACUUGUUUGUUGUACUUGAGUGUGUUCCCAGAAGAUUAUAAGAUCGAGAAACAAUGUUUGAUCAAUAGAUGGAUUGCAGAAGGGUUCAUUCAUGAGGAAGAAGGGAGAAGUAAAUAUGAAAUUGGUGAGGGUUAUUUUAAUGAUCUCAUCAAUAGAAGCAUGAUCCAACCUGUUGAUGUAAAGUACGGUCAGGCAAAGGCAUGCCGAGUUCAUGACAUCAUUCUUGACUACAUCAGGUGCAAGGCUACCGAAGAGAAUUUUGUAACUUCAUUAUAUGCUGCAGAACAUGUAUACACUCCAGCAUACAAGGUUCGUAGGCUCUGUGUCAGCAACCACACUGAAGAAAAUGUUGCCAUAUGGGCGGACCCGAUGUUAUCUCGCGUUCGAUCAGUUACUAUAUUUGGACAGCCUGUGAAAACCUGUUUGUUGCCUUCCACUUCUCUUCAUGUGUUGGACCUUGGAGGUUGCUCGAGCAUGAAAGACCAUCAUCUCGCAAGUAUUGAAACUAUGUUUCAUCUCAAGUACCUGCGAAUCUCCUCAGGUUCAAUAUCUAAGCUGCCUGAGAAAAUAGGAGAACUGAAAUAUCUACAAACCUUGGAUGUACAAGGAACCAGCAUUGAAGAGCUUCCAUCCACUAUCACCAAACUACAACGACUAGCACAUUUAUAUGUUAACUGGGAUAUUAGAUUUCCAGAUGGAGUGAUUGGGGAGAUGCACAGCUUAGAAGAGAUGAGGGAGUAUGGAGUCCAAUCCUACGAACAAGGGAAGUCUCUGCAAGAAUUCAGUAAACUAACCAAGUUGAGGACAUUAAAAAUUAGAUGGUAUUUUAAUUCACUCGAAGGCUCGGAAGGACUGAGGAAAGCUGAGGGUUUUCACAGUUAUGUGGGAACCUUAUUAUCUUCAUGCAACCUUUAUAAUCUAUAUAUCACGGACUGCGAUGAGGACGAAAACUACCCACUUUUGCUGGAUUCAUGGCACCCUGCUGCUCCCUGUAGCCUUCGGAAACUCUGCAUUAAAACAUGCCCCAUCUAUAAGGUGCCAAAUUGGAUGGGUUCGCUUGGAAAUCUCGUGGUGCUAAAACUACAAUAUAUCAUCUGUAUGAGACCAGAGGAUGUGGAGAUCCUCGAAGCAAUACCCGGUUUACUUUUUCUCAAGCUAGUUACUAUCAGAGGCACCAACGGAAGGAUCACUAUCCAUGGCAGAAACGGAUUCAGAAGUCUAAAAUAUUUGUACCUGGGUAUUUAUCAUUGUGGGACCACACUGGAGUUUCAAGUGGGAUCAAUGCCAAAGCUUGAGCACGUGAAGCUCAUGUUCCCUGCGCAUAAGAGGGAGUGCCUGAAUGGUGCUUCUGAUUUGGGCAUCCAGCACCUCUCCGCUCUUAGCAAGGUUGAGGUCAGAAUUUGGGGCAAUUGCAGAUACGUCACCAACUACAAUCUAACAGAAGAUGAGAAUGAUGACGCUGUUAGAUGGGUUGCAAAUGCAAUUACUGGAGCCAUCAUGACACAUCCCAACCGUCCCACUAUCAGAUUCGAAACAAGGCAUGAUAAGAAGUGUCAACACUUUGAAUGUUUUUUGAGGAAGGAGAAUCAACAAGAGCUUGGGCGUUUAUUGACCGAGUGGCUCAAAAUUUGGCAAAUUGAAGAGGAGCAGACUUGUGCAGAGGACAGAGAGGAAGAAACCGAUGAAGAGGAAGAAUAUUCCUAUGAAGAGGAAGGAGAGGAGCAAACUGAUAAAGAGAAGGAAUAGAUGCAGCGAGAGGGCAACUAGAAUAGAACCCCGCAUGUGUUUGUUGUGGGUGCUGCCUGCAUGGGCGACGUACCCAUGCCCAAGGUGAUAUGUUGCUUCUCAGUGGAAAGAUCACUACUCGAAAACAGGCCCUUGGUACCGGUUGAAAACUGGCAUAGGUCCCGGUUCUUCAACCAGUACUAGGGAAUCGAGACUGAAAGUAUCGGCUCUAUAUACCGGGUAUUUUACCCGGUGCCUAAGGCACCCUUAGGUACUGAAAGACCAACCGGUACCUAGGGGCCGCCACGCGGAUGCAAGCUGGCGGCCCCUUAGGUACCGGUUGGUCAUUUCAACCGGUACCUAAGGGUUUUCUCCCUCUUUCUCACAAAUCCUAUUUUAUUUGAAUUGUUUAUUACUGUUUAUGUUUGCAGAA